CGGAUCCCCAUGCGGCGGUGGGGACUCCUCCGGGUCCCUGCAGAAACGGCGACGGGGGGGCGCCAAUGACUUGGACUAGCAGCAUGAGUAGUGGCUACAGCAGCUGGGAAGAAUCGGAGUCCGAGGAGUUUUUCUUCACAGCUCGCACUUCUUUCUUCAGGAAAUCCUUUGGCCAAGCCAAGCCAAGCCUGCAAGAUGUUCAGAAGGAGAGAGAAACUCAUAAUUACCUCACCAAGGAAGCAAUCAAGGAAAAAGUCCAAAUAUACAAUUCAGAUGUUACUGACAAGCUAAAGAUGACAUUGAACGCAAGCGGAAUAUAUACUGGUUUCAUAAAAGUUCAGAUAGAACUUUACAGACCUAUCACUCUGCAGACUUCUGUGAAUGUAGGGAAGUAUCUCAACAGCAAUGAAACAACUUUUUAUUUGCCCAAUGGCUAUAUGAACACUCUUCAUAUCAGCAGUACUAACACAGUCCGUGAAGUGAUUGAGGCCUUGCUCAAAAAGUUUCUGGUGGCUGAUAAUCCUGCCAAGUUUGCACUUUAUAAACAAUGUCAUAAGGAAGAUCAAGUUUAUACGUGCAAGCUCUCGGAAACAGAACAUCCUCUUUAUUUGCGAUUGGUGGCUGGCCCAAGAACAGAUACGCUUAGCUUUGUUUUGCGUGAGCAUGAAUCUGGAGAGGUUUUGUGGGAAGCCUUUAGCCUUCCUGAACUACAGAAUUUCCUGCGUAUUCUGGACAAAGAAGAAGAUGAGCAACUACAAACCUUAAAAAGACGCUAUGCAGUAUACAGAGAAAAACUUGAAGAAGCUCUUCGUGGAGUUUGGAUUCCAAGUUAAAAAAGGGUCAAAGAAUACUCAGGGAAGACGUGCAUUGCUUAAUUUUAAAUAACAUGCCAGAUCCAAUACCCUUAGCAAAAUGCCUUUAAUAAAAA